UCUGUCGUGUGAUCAGCUGUGUCCAAUCACAGCUGAUCACAUAUCAUCAGGGCAUUCAUGAUCAGUGUGCCCUGAUGAUCAGUGUAGCCCCAGCAGUGCCACCUGUCAGUGUCCAUCAGUGCCAGCUGUCAGUGUUCAUUAAUGCCACCUGCCGGUGCCCAUCAGUGCCACAUCAAUGUUACAUAUCAGUGCCCAUCUGAGCUGCCUUUCAGUGUUAUCUAUCAGUGCCAGUCAGUGCCACCUAUCAGUGCAGCCUAUCAGUGCCCAUGUGCUGCCCAUCAGUGUCGCCUAACAAUG